AUGACAAAAAAAGAAUUUGACCUGAACAAGAAUCUUUCAAAGAAGAACACUGUCCUCAAAGCUGAGAAAAAUGACAUCGAAAAAGGGAAAAAUGAUGAAAAGCCGACCAAAGACAUGAUAUCGAUACUGGAUAUCCUAAAAUACUCCACUGUCGCCGAUUACAUCUUUGUCUUCAUCGGCUUCCUCGGCUCAGUGGCCACCGGCUCAGGAUGGCCCGUGAUGACCAUUCUAUUUGGCAAUGUGGUGGACGUCUUUGUGGACUUUGAGGUGGCGUACGCCAAUGCCACUGAUGCUAACCUGCCUACAGAUCACCUGGUGCAGGAGUUUAUGAGUCAGAUAUACUUGCUCUCGGGACUGCUGCUGGUGGUCAUGGCGGUCUUUAUUGCCGGAAACUACGCCAACGUUCACUGCUUUCAGAUGUUCUCACUGCGGCAGAUGAGUGAGAUCAAGAAGCGCUACUUUAAGUCCAUUCUACGACAGGAAGUCGCCUGGUACGACCAGCAAAGCUCAGGCGAGUUUGCCUCACGAAUCUCAUCGGACUUUAAGAAGUUUGAGUCGGGCAUCAAUGAAAACCUCGGUUUGCUCAUUUACAAUGUCACCGGUUGUGUGGUGAACUUGAUCGUUGGCCUUGUCUACGGGUGGAAACUGUCACUGGUAAUCAUUGCUAUGGCGCCCAUCAUUGGCGCCUCAUCGUACAUUAUGACACGGUUCCAGUCGCGGUAUACUCAACAAGAACUGCAAUCUUACUCAGUGGCCAGUUCGGUGGCUGAGGAGGCGAUCUCCGCAAUUCGAACAGUAUUUGCAUUUGGUGGACAGCACAAAGAAAGCAGUCGCUACGAGAAGAUGCUCAAGCCGGCGAUGUUAUCCGGUUGCAAGCGAAACAUCGUCACCGCCAUUGGAAACUCCGUCAGUUGGGGCACGCUCUACGCCAGCUUUGCUCUAG